GCCGAUUCCUCCAUUUUCUCAGCUUCCAAACAUCCCCAGCGGAACCCUUUCACUUCUCCUUCUUCAUCUCUCUCCGACCCUGCGAGAGCCGAGCGACCCCCCCUCCAGUCUCCGCCAUGUUCCGACGAGCUUCCUCCCUUUUGACCCGGCCUCUUCUCUCUGCAAGGGCUAGAUCCUUCUCCGCCGAUCUGCCGGCGGCUUCUUCAACUGACGAUGCGUUUGUUGCUGCCUGGAAGAAGGCGAUCCCCACUAUUGAUCCUCCUAAAACUCCUCUCUCUUUCAUGGCUCCUCGUCCUGCUACGCCGUCUUCCAUCCCUACUAAGCUCACUGUCAACUUUGUUCUUCCUUAUGCCUCCGAGCUCUCGGCCAAAGAGGUUGACAUGGUAAUAAUUCCAGCCACAACUGGGCAAAUGGGUGUUCUUCCCGGCCAUGUAGCUACAAUCGCAGAGUUGAAACCAGGAGUUCUAUCAGUGCACGAAGGGAGCGACACCAAAAAAUACUUCGUGAGCAGUGGUUUUGCAUUCAUCCAUGGCAACUCGUAUGCUGACAUAAUCGCCGUGGAAGCUGUGCCUGUAGACCAAAUCGACCCCGACCAAGUACAGAAGGGUCUUGCCGAAUUCACCCAGAAGUUGAACUCUGCCUCAACAGACUUGGAGAAAGCCGAAGCCCAAAUUGGAGUUGACGUACACAGUGCCCUGAAUGCUGCCCUUACAGGAUAGUUUCCUCGACUCGCAAAUCGGCCACCUUUCUGUUUAUCUAUUUCCAAUUGUAUGUUCCUUCAUAACACUGCCUCAUUGUGACAGUUCGAGUUAGCCUUCCUCGGUCGAAAUACCUACUGGGAACACAUCGUCUUGGGCUUACCCUUUCUGUGUUGAAUUUCAAGUCCUUCACAAAUAAAUAUAUUAGGGAUGGAUUUUUGCUUCGCCUUAUUGGUCAUAAUCUGGUGGCUUAGACCUCAUAAACAUUGAAGAAUUCUCAUUUGAAUCUGUAUGGAUAUGAUUUAAUUCAUCUUG